AUGGCAGAGCCAGAGUGCAAUAGCAGCCCUUCCCUGCUUAACAGCACUGCCUGCGGGAUAAAAGCUUCAGUGUUUUCUCACUCUGAGCCGUCUGGAUGGGGCCCUGGAAGCAGUGGAGCUGUGACAGCUCCUGCUCAGGCCCAAAUCAUCCAUGCUGGGCAAGCGUGUGUGGUGAAGGAAGACAACAUCAGUGAACGUGUUUACACAAUUCGGGAGGGGGACACGCUGGUCCUGCAGUGUCUGGUCACAGGACACCCCCGGCCACAGGUGAGAUGGACCAAAACUGCUGGCAGCGCGUCGGACAAAUUCCAAGAGACGUCAGUGCUUAACGAGACCCUUCGGAUUGAGAAGAUCCAAAGGCUGCAGGGGGGCCGCUAUUACUGUAAAGCAGAAAAUGGGGUUGGGGUCCCUGCCAUCAAGUCCAUUCGAGUAGAUGUGCAGUAUCUAGAUGAGCCUGUUCUCACCGUGCACCAGACCAUCAGUGAUGUACGUGGCAGCUUCUACCAAGAGAAGACCGUCUUCCUCCGCUGCACUGUCAACUCCAACCCUCCAGCUCGCUUCAUCUGGAAACGGGGAGCCGAGACACUUUCUCACAGUCAGGACAAUGGUGUGGACAUCUAUGAGCCCCUUUACACACAGGGUGAAACCAAAGUCCUGAAGCUGAAGAACCUUCGACCUCAGGAUUAUGCCAGCUACACAUGCCAGGUGUCCGUCCGCAACGUCUGCAGCAUCCCUGACAAAGCCAUCACCUUCCAGCUCACAAACACCACAGCCCCACCUGCUCUGAAGCUAUCUGUCAAUGAGACUCUGGUGGUCAACCCUGGUGACAACAUCACUAUGCAGUGCUCUCUGACGGGCGGUGACCCACUGCCAGAAGUGGUUUGGUCCCACUCUCCUGGCCCAAUGCCUCCCAAUAGCCUCGUGCAAGGAGGCAACCUCACCAUCUGGAGGAUCCGUGUGGAGGACUCAGGCUACUACAACUGCACGGCCAUCAACAAUGUGGGGAACCCGGCAAAGAAGAUUGUGAACCUGCUGGUGAGGUCCAUGAAGAAUGCCACAUUCCAAAUCACUCCUGAUGUGAUCAAAGAGAGUGAGACCAUCCAGUUAGGCCAGGACUUGAAGCUCUCAUGCCAUGUAGAUGCUGUCCCCCAGGAGAAGGUUGUCUAUUCGUGGUACAAGAACGGAAAACCAGCCAGGUUCUCAGACCGGUUGCUCAUCACCCGCAAUGACCCCGAGCUCCCACCUGUGACCUGCAGCUUGGAGAUUAUUGACCUGAGAUUCAGUGACUAUGGCACCUACCUGUGCGUGGCUACCUUCCAGGGAGCACCCAUUCCUGACCUCAGUGUGGAGGUGAACAUCUCCUCAGAGACAGUGCCACCAACAAUCAGUGUCCCUAAGGGCCAGUCCUCCAUCACUGUGCGGGAAGGCUCCAGGGCCGAGCUGCAGUGCGAGGUUCGAGGGAAGCCGAAGCCACCCAUCAUCUGGUCCCGGGUAGAUAAGGAAACCCCCAUGCCUUCAGGGACAAUGACAAUGGAGACUUACGAUGGGAAGCUGCACCUGGAGAGUGUGAGCCGGGAAAUGAGUGGAACCUAUAAGUGUCAGACGGCCAGGUACAAUGGAUUCAACAUCAGACCCCGGGAAGCACUGGUGCAGCUCAAUGUGCAGUGUGAGUACAAGCUACAGUGCUGGAGUGCCUGCCUGAAUGCCUGUGUACACAAAAGCCCGGGGGCUAGGCAGGGUUGA